AUGGCGCAAAAUCUUGUUUCCGGCGAGGGAAAUCAAAAGUCCUACCAGUCAGAUUGGUAUGCUUUCAAACAUUUCGCAUUUUUAAUGGGAAAAUCUUGGAAAUCUGAUCCCACGGCUGAAAACGAUGAGGAGGACGAAACAGAAUCAGAUGCAAGAGAUGGACCUAUCAAAACUGAUGAUAAGGACACCGAAAGCGAAAACGAAGAUGAUAGCCCGGAAGAUGAGUCUGAGGAUGAGAGUAUGGAAGUGCCUCUCUUCGAAGAUCCUCCUUCGGCAGCUCAGAAGGAGCUUCCUUCGGAAACCAAGAAUACAGACGAUGCACCAGACGCACCAAAACUCAAUGAGCCGCAGCCGCAAGCCCAUCAUGAUGACGAUCAAGAGAAAAACGACCAAGAAGCAGAAACUUCGAAAACCGAUGAGCCUGAUCAGGUCUCGCAGAAUUCUGCCUCCACGCCUGAAGAUGCCUCUUCCACUAAAGACGGUGAAAAGAAGGUGGUGCCCCUCGAGGCGUAUGUAAUGAAGCACUGCCCAAGCGAAUUCGCCGCUGUUGGAGUAGCCGCUAUAAAAGUCGAAUAUGAAGAGGACGAAAUAAUAGAAGAAAGCACAGCGCUUCCUGCAUUAUUCGCGAAAAGUUCGAGCUAUAAAAUUGACUAUCACCCAAUGAAGUCCAGAUUUCCAAUCAACGACCUCGACAGCCUCGAAGCAUUCGAUAAAGAACUCCAAGACAAUCCGGAAACGUUCUCACUCUUGGUUGAAUUUUUGAACUUGUUCGAUCCCUCUGCAACCCCUUCAAGAGCUGCGCGCAAACGGAUGAGGUACAUGGUGUCUAAGAGCCUCCUGACGAACAUGAACUAUAAAAAACAUUGGAAAAAACCAUGCAUGGAAAAUAGGAAGAUCACUGAUGCAAUUUUCAAGUCUUUGGAUGCUGAAUUCGACGGAAAGUAUGAUAAAAACACGGUCGACUCAAGUUUUUGCGAAAUGCCCGCCAGCGGAACUGGGAAUAGACUGCCCGGUCGUAAAUUUACCUAUUGCCAGCUGCAGCCGUUCGCAUGCCCCAAUUGCAGUCGAACUUACAAGUACAAAGACAACCUGAUGAGGCAUCUCAGGCUCGAGUGUGGAGUCGAGCCAAAGUUCCCCUGUUCCUUCUGCCCGUACAAAACUAAACAUAAAACCUCUCUUAAGAGCCACAUGAGAAUAAAACACUCUGUUCAGUAUUAA